GGCGAGCACAAUACUUGGUUGCCAAGAGCUGAGGCAUCGAUGGCGGUAGCGGAGAAAUAGUUAGCGAAUAAGAAGACUGGGAGAGGAGGAGAGAGCGAAAGAGAGAGAUAGAUCGAGACUACGGGCAAGAGAUAAAGAAUUAAGGAAGACGAAGGGAACGGGGACAUUUCACGGAUGUCACGCGAAACGCAGUGCCCCUCUUCUUGAUGCUGAUUGGUUGAUCCGUCGAGUGGCUACGUUCCGAUUGGAAGAUGGCUGAGCUGCAUAUUAUCGGACAGAUUGUUGGAGCAAGUGGUUUCCCGCAUAACAGCCUGUUCUGUAAAUGGGGGCUGCAGACAGGCUGUGCUUGGAAGCUACUUUCUGGCUUAAAAGAAGGACAAACACAAGUGGACAACCCAGUAAUCCAGGAGAUGGCCUACUGGUCACAUCCUGUUGAUGUACAUUAUGCAACCAAAGGCCUUCAAGGCUGGCCCAAACUGUACUUGCAGGUCUGGCACCAGGAUUCUUUUGGCAGGAAUGACCUGUGUGGCUAUGGUUUCUGCCACAUCCCCAGCAGCCCAGGUACUCAUGAUAUCCAGUGCGUCACCUGGCGGCCCCUGGGCACCUGGCAGGAACAGCUCUCCCAGAUGUUUGUGGGUGGCGGGCCCCAGCUGAAACACAGUGACCUCAUUUACACCGGGGCUGACCGCUAUCGACUCCAAACCAUGGCCAUGGGCAAGGUCCACCUCCAGCUCAGCAUCAUUCUUCGUAACUUUGACCAGUAUGGUGUGGAAUACUGAAUGGAUUGUCAAGGGAGAGACGCCGUCAUGGUUGGUGGAUAUUGAUCAGUUCUCCUCAGUCUUCUUCCUGACUUCCUCCACUUCUUUCCUCGUGCCUUGCAGAAGUUUCUGUCACCUUGGAUUGCACACCAAAUUCCCGUUGCACAUUUUUGUCAGGCUCCAGCUUGGUGUUUGCUCCCCGCACUAUAUGGCAGCUCCAUUUAUAACAGUGCUGGACUGGCCUGUGAUGAUUCUUGGUAAUCGCCUGUAUAUCUUUCCAAUGUGGGCUUGAUAUUGGUUAUUAUUUGGACCUGAUGACUUACAUAGUAACCUUGUGUUGGUGUUUCUCCCAUUUGGGUGCAGCACAUCAAGUUUAUAUAUUUAAAGGAUGUCAUUUCUAAAAUCUGUACAGUAUAGGUGAAGUCUAAAUCCUGUGAUUGUAUGAAAACAGAUGACAAUUUGUCAGCUAUGUGGACUGGAAUGUCAAGCUCAAUGAGGAACCUGCAUUUGACUGCUGAUACUGGGAGGGAUCAUAGCUUGUGUGGUAUGGUUACCCCUGGGUUAAAGGAUUUGAUGUGGGGAUGGUGGAGAGGUGGGGCGAGGGGGGGCGCGGAGGUGUGCAGUGUAGCUAACAGUUCUUUUUUGGGGUUACUGGGAAUUAUCUCUGUGGCUGCGGAAUGUCCACCAAAGAAGUGGAAUGGUUAAAAGGUUCUGGGUUUGAAACCUUCUAUGGUCAAAUUAUUUAGGGUUUUGUUGUUCUGAUGUCAUUGAGAAACUGUCCCCAGUGAGAGUCAGAGUCAUCCUUUUCAAGAACUGUUUCCUGUGAGACUCAGCCCCUUCAGGAACUGACUCUUUCUCUGUCUUUUCUCUCUCUCUCCCUGUCUUUCCCUGGGAGAUAGCAAGAAGCAGCAGAUGUUGGAGUCAGGGUCAAUACAGUGCGAAGCUGGAGGAACAUAGGAGGUCAGGCAGCAUCAGAAGAGCAAGAAAGUUGAUGUUUCAGGUUUAUAACCCUUCAUCGGGACUCAGAACUGCAGUGGGGAGUAAAAAUGGGAACCAAUAUAAAAUGAUUGUUAAGAACAGGCAAUAAUCAAACACCCAAAUAGAUUGCCAUCUGAGCAGAAAUGUAUUAUUCUGUAUCGACUGCAAAAAUAAUAUGUUGAAAGAGUGAUGUGCAUUAUAUAUAACUCAAAGUCAAUAAAUCAAUUUGUUCAUUUAUAAAACUUACUGAAAAAUUAAUUUCAUAAAUCUACUGUCUAUUCUAUUUGAGCAUGGCUCAGACUGAUGAUUUGGAAGUCUCACUCUGCUGGUACUACAAUUAUCCAUGAUAAGAGGUUUGACAUAGUUUCUGCUUAGUGCUAGGUCUGGACAACAUGAGAAAAAUUCCUCUUUACAUUUGCUAUGUCAAUCUCCUUUAGCAUUUGGUAUAUCUCAGUGAGAUUUCUCAUUCUUCUAAACUCCAAAGAAUAUAAACUAAAACUGCUCAAUCUCACUUCAGAAGGGUCAUUAGGAACAGGGAGUAAAUGCUAGUCAGUCUGCCAUGCCCACAAUCCACAAAUAAAUUUUAAAAAAUGACAAAUUCCUAAUUUUUAGAAUCAGUCUGGUGAACCAUCUUUUAACUCAGGAGACCAAAACUGUAUGCAGUACUGCAGGUGCAUUUUAGUUUGUAGGAAUUUGAAUGUUCAUCAGACUUGUGCUGUACCUAUUCUGGAAGAACUUGACUCUGUGUGAAGGUGACUCAGCGGUCCAUUUUACAUCUCUCCUUUUUUAAAAUUCUAUUGGAUUUGUUUAGCUAUCACCUGUUAUGUGCGUUCACCAAUCCAGUUCGUGAGAGCCAAAAUCUGGACUGAUAUUCCAGUGCUGUACCGAGGCAGUGCUACACUGCCCGAGGUGCCAUAUUUUGAAUGAGACAUCAAACCAUGGCUCCUACUGCCCUCUCAUGCAUGUGAAAGAUCCUAUCAUGCUAUUUCAAAGAGGAGAUGGGGGUUACCUCCAAUGUCCUGGCAAAUGGUUAUUCCUCAGUCAACAUUUCAAAACCCAAAAUAUCUCCUCAUUUAUCAUACUGCUGUUUGAGGGAGCUUGUUCUGUGAAAAUUGGCUGUGGUAUUGCCUACAUUACAAUGGUGACUAUACUUCCAGAAGUACUUUAUUAGCUGUAAUGUUCUUUGGGACGAAAAGCGCAAUAGAAAUGCAAGUACUGCUGGGGUUCUUGGAGAACAGUCAUUGUGUCCCACCGUCUGGGCUCAGAGUCCCGGGUUCAAGUUUCUCCGGUGCCAGAGGUAUUUACUAACAUCUCUGAGUAGGCUAAUUAGUAAAAUAUCUAGAAGUUGGUGGCUGAGUGGUUAGCAAUGCUACCUCACAGCGCCAGGGACCCGGGUUUAAUUCCACCCUCAGGCGACUGUCUGUUUGGAGUUUGCACAUUCUCCUUGUGUUUGCGUGGGUUUCCUCCCACUGUCCAAAAAAUGAGCAGUUUAGGUGGAAUGGCUAUGCUAAAUUGCCCAUAGCUUUCAAGGAUGUGUAGAUUAGGGGUCUGGGUCUGGGUGGGAUGCUGUGAAGGUUGGUGUGGAUUGUUGGGCCAAAGGGCCUGUUUCCACACUGUAGGGAUUCUAUGAUUCUAUAAAUGCAAGUCCUUUGUUUACCCCAUGUGAUUUUGAUUGCAGCCAGUCCAAUGGCCCAGAAGGGGGCAGUCACACACCAGGAACCAGUGUAUGUUGUGACUGACUGGAUUCAAGCCCCUUUCAAUAACAUGCUGUUCCUAAAUACAGCAUGUAGAAUAUAACCUGCACUUACUUUGUCUGUGUUUGCAUUCUGUGCUGAUUAUGAUGUACCACUUAUACAAUCUACAAGAGAAGGAAAUCAAUAAAGUUUUUUUUUGAAAA